AAAAUAAAGAUUUUAUCCGUAUGGGCGCCAAUCGGUGUGUGUGGUUUUAGAGAUUUCUCUUCCAAAAUUUCUGAAUUUGUUCGUCUGAAACCAAAUCGAAAUGCGUUGUGUGAAUUGCGUCGGUUGUUCUUCUUCUUGGUCACGGCCAAGCACAGCUUAUAACCGUGUCUCCUUCGGUGGUCACCUUUCAUCUGGAUUCUAUCGAUGUCCUUUAUCUUUCCGUUCCUCUUGCGAUGCGAACAAAUACAACUUGGUCGUGUCUUGCUCCUCCACAUCUGGACCGUCCGAUUCGAAUCCCGAACCAUCUUCAAAUCGAAGAUCUUACAGCCGUAGAUGGCACAACCCUCUUCCCCGUCGUCGACAUCCCGAUCAAAUGCCGUCUUCUCGGAUUGUUCGUGAUUGGAUCGAUUCAGAUAGUACAACUCCACUUUCCCAAGAUUCAGAGAGAUUCACUGUAGUGUCAUACAACAUACUGGGAGAUAGAAACGCAUCACAUCACAAAGAUUUGUACACCAAUGUGUCUUUCCCUUACCUUAAAUGGGGCUACCGCAAAAGGCUAAUAUGCGAGGAACUCAUUCGUCUCAAUCCAGACAUUAUCUGUCUGCAGGAAGUAGACAAGUAUUUUGAUCUUUUCAGCAUGAUGGAGAAAGCUGGAUAUGCUGGCUCCUACAAGCGGCGAACUGGAGAUAACAUUGAUGGGUGCGCAAUGUUUUGGAAGGCCGACAGGUUUCGAGUUUUGGAGAGGGAAAACAUUGAGUUUAGCCAGUUUGGUAUGUGCGAUAAUGUUGCACAGCUUGCAGUUCUUGAGCUGCGGAAGUUGAAGUCAAGAAAGAUACUGCUGGGAAACAUUCACGUGCUUUAUAACCCAAAUAAAGGAGAUGUGAAGCUGGGUCAGAUCCGUUCACUCUGCUCAAAGGCACACUUGCUCUCUAAGAAAUGGGGUGACAUUCCCAUUGUUCUAGGUGGGGAUUUCAAUAGCACUCCUCAGAGUCCAUUGUACAGCUUUUUGGCAUCCUCUGAGCUAAAUAUCAUGGAACAUGACAAAAAAGAGCUGUCUGGCCAGAAAAGUUGUCGUCCAACCCAAGUUCUUGAGACCGGAAGCAAAUCUAGUAAUACAGUAACUUUCAAAAGCAGCUCUUGGACCAACGAAGAGAUCCGUGUUGCGACCGGGCAAGAGAACUCUUACUGGGCUGUACAUCCACUUAAACUCAAUAGCGCAUACGCCUCAGUUAAGGGCUCAGCAAAUAAUACCAGGGACUCUGUUGGUGAACCUCUAGCAACCUCGUAUCACUCGAAAUUUCUUGGAACGGUUGAUUAUCUCUGGUACUCUGAUGGUCUUGUACCUGCAAGAGUUCUUGAUACUCUUCCCAUUGACGUUCUCUGCAAAACCAAAUGCCUUCCUUGUAAAGAACUAGGAAGCGAUCACUUGGCACUUGUUUCUGAGUUUUUCUUUGAUCCGAACGGUUGAAAGCACCUAAAAAGCCAGCUUAGUUUUUUGCUUAUGGUUUACAAAUAUUUGUCUGUGUUUACAAAUUACCCGAGUUAUGGUACGAUACCAAACCGACUUCUCCGUAAAUAAUUGAAAUUUGGAUAAUUAGAAAUUCAGAAUCAAAUAGUCAGCUUUUAAAA